UACGAAUAAGAGUCCAACUUCAGUCUCGACCAAGGUUAAGAUAGUCCUUUUGGUUGUAGUCGUGUUUUAAUGGAGGCAGUCUGUUAGAUUGGAUAACAAUAUUAUUAUUAUUUACAGAAAAUGGGGUUUGUUAAAGUUGUGAAGAAUAAAGCUUAUUUCAAGAGAUUUCAAGUGAAGUUCAAGAGGCGAAGAGAGGGGAGAACAGACUACCAAGCACGCAGACGUUUGGUUGUCCAAGACAAGAAUAAAUACAACACUCCUAAGUAUCGUAUGAUUGUACGGAUAACCAAUAAAAAUGUUAUCUGCCAGAUAGCUUAUGCAAGAAUUGAAGGAGAUGUCAUUGUUUGUGCUGCAUACUCUCAUGAACUCCCUCGAUAUGGCAUCAAGGUCGGAUUGACGAAUUAUGCUGCAUCAUAUUGUACUGGUUUGCUGCUAGCCAGAAGAUUGCUUAGGAAAUUUGGAAUGGAUGAGAUAUACAAAGGAUGUGAGGAGGUAACAGGGGAAGAGUACUGUGUAGAAGAUAUUGAUGGUCAGCCUGGUGCUUUCCGUGCUUACUUAGAUGUUGGUUUAGCUCGUACAUCCACUGGAGCUCGUGUGUUUGGAGCAAUGAAAGGAGCUGUUGAUGGAGGAAUUGAUGUGCCUCAUUCCAACAAGCGAUUCCCUGGUUAUGACAGCGAGACCAAGGAGUUUAAUGCAGAAAUACAUCGUAAGCAUAUCUUUGGUCAGCAUGUAGCAGAAUACAUGAAAAUGUUGAUGGAUGAAGAUGAGGAAGCAUAUAAGCGACAGUUUUCUAGAUACAUUAAACUAGGGAUUACACCUGAAGAUGUUGAAGAGAUUUACAAAAAAGCUCAUGCUGCAAUUCGAAGUGAUCCUGAGCACACACCUAAACCACUUAGGACUGAUAUUGUAAAGAAGAGAUGGAACAAAGCUAAAAUGACAUAUUCAGAACGUGAGAACAAGGUGAACCAGAAAAAGAAAACUUAUCUGAAGAAAUUGGAAGAAGCAGAAGGCCAAGGGUGAUUAGAAAACCUGUCUCGUUCCGAUAGUACUUUACUGAGAAUUGGAUAAUAAAAGUUCUCAGUGUUUAA